AUGAGGCGGAAAGAAAGGGAGAGAAGCUGCGGUGUCAAUUGCAAAGUGCUUCAAACAAAGAGGCUAUGCGCAGCAGAGGGUGGCCUGGCACUGAGGAAAAAGAAAAGUACAGCUCUGCUCGCUUCGCUUCACGGAAUUUCGAGGUCCGCAAGCCCUCCCCGGCGACGGCGCCGGCGCCGCCGGAGUCCGUCGCGGCGCAGCUCCAGACGCCGCUCGCGCUCAAGGUCCAACCCAAACGACCGCAGACCAUGGAUUGAGCGCGAGAAGGGUGGCGUGAAGCUAUUCAUCGGGCGACUCCCGAGGGAGGUCAACAAGACCCAGCUCGAGGAGUGUUUCCAGGAGUUUGGUGAAGUUAUCGAAGUCUUCAUAAUUGCAUCACAGGCUGCAAGUGGUGUGGGUUGCGCUUUCGUGCGAAUGGCCUCGGUUGAGGCGGCUGAAGAGGCCAUCUCGGAGCUGCACGAACAGCGGGUCCUCAUCCCAGAGCAGGCCGAUCUCGGGCCCAUGCAGGUCGCUUUCGCCAAGGGUGAGGCGAUCCGCCUUGGCCUUGAUGAAAAAGAGGAGAUCCUACCGAGCUUCAAAGAAGCACGACAAAAGGUUGUGGAGCAUCAGGAGAAGAAACAUUUCUUCGAGAAGAUGCAAAAGCAGCAAGAGGAGCAAGCCAAGAUUGUGGAAUAUCAGCACGCCCUGAUGAUGCAGCACCAGGCCAUGCUGCAGCAAAUCCAGGAGAAGCCUCGCGAGGAGUUAGUGACCAUCGUCAAGGAUGGCCAACGGAACGGUGGUCAACCUUUCAAGCAGAGAUGGUGGAGCUUUUGCGACGCCGGCUGGUCAGGGUGCCGCGACUACGACCCCAACCACCACGGCAAAGAGGCGCUGGCACACUUUGUCUCUGUUGCAUCCACGGAGUAUGGCCAUGAGCAGUGGUUCAAGUCUCGGUUCCCGAAGCUCCCGGCUUUGCCCGAGAAGCCCAGGGGCAUGCCAGAGCCAGGAACUCCAGGUCUGAUGGGACCUCCGGGAGGGCCCCCACUGCCAGGCGGUCCCCGGCCACCUCCAGGACCGCCAGGAGGGCCUCCUUUAGGACCCCCUUUAGGCGGACCUGUGGGACCCCCUUUAGGUGGACCUCCACCAGGGCUUGGGGUUGGGGGCCCUUUGCCCUUUCCCCCUCACAGCAUGCCCGGCAUGCCACCGGGGCCUGGUCCGCAACCGCACGGUAUGCCGCCCGUGCACGGUAUGCCACCCGCGCCUGGAAUGCCUCCAUUCCCGGGUGCUUUGCCACUCUUGCCUGG